AGCAAUCAGGAAAUUUCUCCUUGCACCGCUGUGCGUGCGCGUUGAUAGCUGCAGUGAGUCUGGCUAUCACCGUAAACAAAGCUUUCGCUGCUCCUGAAGAUAAAAACACUCACUAUCGCUGCCGCACCACCCCACACGACACCCCGCGAUCCAAAAUCAACCAUGCCCCUCGCAGCCUCCUUAUCAUCACUCGACGGAGCAGCCUCCACGCUCUCCUCCUGGCCCCCGGAUUUCUCUAUUGCCACGGGAAAAUUACCAAAGCCCGACGAGCUCGACCGUGCGUUCUUUCUGAAGUACUUCGGAAAAACUUUUCCGAAGCUCACCGGCGCCAGCAAAACCAAGGACCUUCCCCGCCCGGGCUUCCUCGCCGAGGUCGGCUGCUUCGGGAAGAAGGGCAACGACGGCGUCAACACGCGACGGAGUCCGGAACUCUACCUCAUUCCCCGCCUCGACCCGGGCAAGUGUCCCCCGAGUAAGCGGUAUGGAAGCGUCAUGGAAAUCAGGGAUGAAGUGACUUCGAAGGGCGCGAUCACGACGAGUCCAGCCGGCGGUAAGAUGCUGGACGACGAGGAGUCCACGACGACUACGGAGGAGGAGGUGCGGGAGAAAACCGAAGCUGCGAAACACUUCCGGAAAACGGUGUUGAACCUCGCCGCCGGACACGAAAACGACACUAGGGUUUUCGGGUACUGUAACAUGGAAUCCUGGCAGAAAACGGACCGCGAGAAAUUCAUGUCCGCCCACCAGAUGUGCUUCGGCCAGGAUCGGCCGCGAACGGGGGAGGAGGGUGGAGUCGCGGAGGGUGAAGCUGCAGUAGUUGCGGGGGGUGGUGAGAAGAAAAAGCUGCCUACCGAGGAAGAAACUGCAGAACAACUACCCGGAAGUAGAACCUCCGACCAACAGGAGGUGCUCGACGACCUAAAAGCGUCGUUGAAAGAGCGGGACUGCUUCGCCGCAGUCGCCGAGUGCGACGCCAAGCGGAACUUCAAGUCCUUUUACUUGCGAGAAGAGCCUGGACCAGCAGCAGCAGCAGCAUCCGUGGCUGGGAAGGCCGGGCGGGGAACCGGAGGGCAAAAAUCCUCUUCCGGAGAUGUUGGUGCAGCUGCGACGACAACGGAGGGGAGGCAGGAUGAACCGGCCAGUGGUGCUCAAGAGCCCGCAUCCUCAACGGACAAGAACGCAAGCGCAGAGGACAAAACUUCUUCCUCCAGCACUGCUAGUGCAACUAUCGAGGACCACCACAAGCAGGACGAGAAAGAUGACAAGGAAGUCGAAAAUAACAACAAACCUUUUUUCCGCACCGCCCGGCGUUACGUGGAGCCGUAUCCGAGCUUUUUACCGGCGAAAGACGGAUUUCAGUACAAGCCGAAGUUCGACCUUCGCUCCUUUUUUCCUCCGUCUCAGGGUUACGAGUUUGUAGUGGACCGCACGACGGGGAAGAAGUAUAAGCUCGGCAAUAUUGACGCAGCGAGCGGGCAAGCCGCGAUCCACGAGCAGGUGAAAGCGAGCAAGCAGAGUGCGGAUGAGAGUGGGGAGAAGUAUCAAAUGCAAAAAUGUCUGGGUCUGGAAGAACCCAACUUGUGAUGCUGCAUUUGGAUUCCAAAAAAAAUUGUAUUGCAUGAGUACUAGCAAAGGGAAUGUAAUUUUUGCUACGCGGAUAGGGCAUCUGUCAUGCGAAACAGGCAUCAAGAACCCCUCGAAAACCCUGUGAUGCUACGGCAUGCAUCACAGAGGACAUCAUGGCCCAUGCAAAACGUGCAUGACAAGUCUCAGAAUCUCCCAGACCCAGACAUUUUUGCAUUUGAUAAGAAGGGCCAGAACACCACCGUGGAUGAGCAACUCCCGGAAACCCCGGGUUCCAAAGCGGCUGGAGCCGCGGUGGCGAAAACGACCCCGGCGGACACGUCGAUUGCGCUCCCGGGGGUGGAUAAGGAACACACCGAAAACGCGGAGAAGGAUUUGUCGGAGGAAAUGUUUGCGUUUUCGAAACCGACGAAAAUCGAGAAAGCAGCGGAGGCGGAGGAGGAAAAGCAGAUGGAAUUAGCGGAGAAAGAGCAGGAAACGGUGAAGAAGCCGACCUACGUCUUCACGAUCGACCAAACGGUGAAUUCCAACCCGGAACAGACCACGCACGUGUUUUUCGGCGUCCGGAGAGAUAAGCCCGAAACCGAGUUGCCGGAAGCUUGGAGGGCCUGUGCGGACUGCGCGGAUGACGGAGUGAGUGGGGACGCAAAUGAAAUCACCAGCUGCGCGCCCUGUCAGUCCGUGUCUGACAAAGUAAAACAGGUGUGGCCGCCAGCGGAAAGUAAUUCCGGGGCGGUAACGGCGACCACCACUCCUGCGGCCCAGGAGCCUUUGGAUAAAGGCGGACACCCGGUCACGAAGAAAAAGAAGAUUCACUGGAAGGAAAUCGCGUUCGAGCAAACAUUCAACACUACAAAGGAGGACCAGGAGGAGGGCACGGGCGGCGCCGGGACCCUGAAGGUGCUGUGCCACGGGAGCAAUCUGGGCAGCAGUUGCGACGACGACAUGUUGAACGAAGCGACGGGCGGGUUGGGCGAUGCAGCCGCGGAAGCGACGGAAACCGGGACAGCGGAAGAGGAAGCUUUUGCGGAGCAGGGUCCGCCGACAGGGGCGGAAUAAAGACAGUGCAACCAAGAACAAGUGCGGCCACAUGAUAUGUUUCGAUGAGGUUCCAACUGUAUGAUGAUGAAGCACGACACGACCUACAGUUACAAGUUUGUGCUGACGUUUCCGAUUGAUGAAAUUGGUUUCGAUUUUCAAAUCUGCAAAUGCCGAGGCAAAAUCACAUGGAAAAUAGGAG